AAACGUAGCAAGAAAAUCGGAAACCUACAAUUUUUUCGGUCAGAACUUCACCCGAUAUUAAUCCUCGGUUUUCUUUUCAAGGCUUUCAGGAAGAACGCCAUGAGCCUGAUCGAAAUCGCAGAUACACAGCGUGUCUGUCGUGCAGCAAUACAAAGGAUCAUCUGUCGAGCUUGCAACAAGAUCUGCUGGUGCUGUUGUGAAAAAAUAAAAUGUCGAAAGCUGGCUGAGAAAAAAUAAAGCGGAUUAGGGAGAGCCGCUCUGAUUGAGGCCUCCAUGACGGUUUGAUCCUCAUCAAUGAAAUCAAUGAAACGAAACAGUGUCGCUUGAUGGAACAUCGCCCUGUGGUGGAAACUUCGUGAAACACGCAACUCGCUGGCUACAAGAUUGCUUGCUUGUGCCAGUCCCACUAAAGUACUUUUUACCAGAAGAAAGACACUCGUGUACGUAUGUAUUAGUUUUGGUACGAGAACGACCUGACAUCAAAAAAAACCCGUAUUGUUACUCAUCCUCUGGUGCACCAAAUCUAUCCCUCUAAAUGAAUCUUGCUGUCUUUCAACUAUCUUGCUUCUUUACGUUCUUUGCCUGGUCUCUGGCUACAACGGAACCAAAUCAAGAUUCCACUAAAGUACCAAGAGAACGACUUUUCUUCAUUAGUUUUGGUACGAGAACGACUUGACAUAAAAAAAACCCCUUAUUAUAUUUAUACUCAUCCUCUACGUCUACACCAAAUUUCUCCCUCUAAACAAAUCUUGCUGUCUUUUAUCAACUAGCUUUACGUUUUUUAACUGGCAAGGAACAGCAACAAGAGCAAACAGCAAAUAGCACUGCGUCUUUGCAAGACGAGCAAAGGUUCGCUAUUAUUUAACAACCAAGAAGAGGACUACAUCCCAGGGACGGGUAUGCGGCGUAAGGUAUAAGUUGCAGGGUUGUAGUGUAACUGAUUUUUCAAUAAGUACAUCGGCGGGUUGUCUAGAAGUACUGAUCCGUUUGGUGUGGAAGUAGCGCCGUUUGACUUGACUUGAUUGCAAGAUUACACUUGUAGUUGUGUAAUUUAUUAUCGACGGUCACAGUUCAGCAGGCGCCCUACUUUGUGCUUUAUUUCGGGGUACUAGCAGCUACAAAAUAUACCCUCUCUUCGUCUCAGUCCUGAAUAUUCUGAUUAUAACAUAUGCCUGAACAAGCUUCAGCUUCAUGUGCUGAGCUGUUGCGGCAAGAACUCGUGAUGGCAUCUUCACGGCGGCGCCCGAAGCCCUGCGCUCAGCGGAGGGUCUCCGCUUGGAUUUCGUUUUGCCUUGCCGCACUCUUGGACAAGAAAAACGAGUCGCUGCUGCUGUCGAGCACUGUAGGCGUGGGCGGGCUUUCUUUAGUGAAAAAGUUUCGGCGUGCGGCGGCAGCCGCAGCCGCCGCGGACAGGCCGAGGUAUGAAAUCAGCAGCCAGCAGAUAAAGAAAGAGAUCGCGGGGAAGACCAGAUUUCGUUACUACGCGCCAGGCUGCGGUGGGGAGCAAUCGGUCAGCGCUUAUUACGAGCGCCUUCAGCAGGAGCUCACUCUGUCUGAUUCCAUAGACCACGACGCUCCGGCGAGCAGCAUCAAAAGGUUUUUCCUGUUUACGGAUGCGAGUGUUCGAUCCGUUCCCGAUCCCGUCCGUGGCGGGCGAAAGGAGACCCACGCGCAGUUGGGAAUAGUAGGCUACUCCAGUCAGAAAUCCUCUGCGAUACAGCCCGCGGCAGCGAAGGAAGAAGAAGACACCGGACUGGACUCAGAGGGCCGGGGUAAAGAUCUGUCCAUCUACGCUAACGCUCCUGUCCUUCUGGCCGCCGGGCUGAGGCGGCCGGAAAUCGGGCCUGGACAUCAAAUUUCGUAUACGACUCAGGCACAAACUGUUAUGGAUUCCGAUCCGGAUUUUCAAAAAAUGCCGGAAACGUGGAGGACCAACGCGCUCGUGGCGGUUGCCGAAAGCGAAGCGUUGCUGGAAGGGUUAGAACUGUACAAGCGGGGUCACCAGUGGAAGGUUCUCGGAAUGUUUCGGGGAGAGAAAGAGAAAGGCGAGGCAAUGGCUAGCGCCGCAGCGACGACGUCUCUGCCGAUUAGAUUGCUGGCCUUCACGGAUUCUCUCCAGGCUGUCCGUGUGCUGGAGAGCCUUUUUUCCGGCGGUGGUGACGAGAAGCAGGAUGGCCCAGCGGGCGAGGUCGCAGGCUUAUGUCCCAGCGGCUCCGGCGUCGUCGAACCUAACUGGGGGGAGCGGCAGGCUUCCUUCGUACGGAGAGCAAUCGUGCUGCCGACGGCUGAACUGUUCAGGCGUAUUGGACUCGCCGACGCUUUUUUAACAGCAUUUGGCGGACUACUUCUUUCUCAGCACGGUGGAGCGCCGCAGGAAAAGAGCACCCCAUUGGUGCAACAGCUGGAAAUACUGCACGUGCGAAGCUCUUCGCGACUGAUGCGCGGGAGCGAUCACGGCGCAGAUGAACUCAGGUCCAGUGGCUCUGAACACAGUAGGCGCGAGUCGACGACCGCCGACACGCUGCCGUCGUCCCGCACGUUUGGGAACGUGUUAGCAGACCAGCUCGCGUCUGGCUUCACGCUGAAGAACACGGGGAAAAGUGGCUCCGUCGACCUGCUCUCGCGCCGCUUUUGCGGCAGCCCGGCGGGUUGGCUGAAGAAGAGGGCGGGUAUACGUAAAAUUGCGAGUGCGGGCGCGGACCACACCGGGAGCACCUUGUACACCAGCUGCAAGGAGCUCUUCGAAGACCUUAAACAGAAGAUGCGAGGUGGUAGCGGGCAUCCCAUCCUCGGACCGCUGGUGAAGGAGUUUACGCGCUUCGUGAGCAAAUACAACGAAAGAAUGGCUCCUCGCUUGCCCAGGAAGGCUAAUAGUCGAAGCAGUAGUAGAGGUAGCCGGCGGAGCAGCAGGAGCGGACGAAGUAAUAGGAAAAGUCCGAGCGGAAAAAGUCGCUCUGGGAGCCGGAGCAACAGUCGGAGCGGAAAAAGUCGCUCUGGGAGCCGGAGCAGGCAGCCUCAGCAGAAGGACGAUGUUGAGAUGUCGGCACCACAGGCGGACUUGGAGGAUGGUAGACACGAUGAUGUUUUCAUCACCGAGUUCGAGCCGCUUGAUUGGUUCCAUACCACGGCACAGGUUCCCAUGAAAUAUUGCGGCCAUCCAUCCGUUGCUUUUAGCACAACUAACGAGCUGUCGGAAUACGUUGCUCUUAUAAAAGAACAGUCCGCGGCGGAUGUCCCGCUCGCCAACGCCUUCAAUUUUCUCUCGUAUCAGAGCAAGUGUCUUGAGGCUUUUGUUCAGCAUCGGACGACGUUUUCGAAGCCGGGGGCUAAGCUGCUUGGCAGGAUUUGGUCACGGAUUAAGGUGUUGCGGGAGGUGCGCAAGUUUUUGGUCCGCGCCGAAACAUCAUUGCGGGCUUUUGUGCAAAGCAUUGCAACCGAUUCCAGGGGGCCUCAGGGCGGGCCAGCUCCGAACACGUACCGCAGCCUGGCGGCGCAAGUAGUGGAGACCGCCGAAAAAGUGGCGAAGCAACUAGUGCCAGGGCAGCGGGCUGAUGUCCUGGAUGGGUACAUCCGCACCUUCACAGACACCGUGUAUGCGGGAAACGCCGGAAUACGUCUCGGCACCAGAGGCAACUACGCAGCGUUUGCCACUGAGGUUGUGAAGGGACUGAGCAAGACCGUAAUUCCGCGUGUCACAGAAAUGAUUCGCGAUUUUAGUGAGAAAUUGGAGCAGGUAGCGGAGGAGGAGAUGCUGACCCACCAAACAGGAGGCGAGAAGGACCGCCUGCAAAUGAAAAUCUGGGAAAUGUGGUGUAAUUUUGUCAGCGAAAUAAUUUUUGACCUUCCGUUUACGGCGGCUGCAAAAGAUGAAGUUUCCCAAGUAGUGACUCUUCCUUUGCACAAAAAUCUUUUUGAACAGCAACUCCUGGAGAUGCAACUCGUGGCUGCAACAGUCGAGAAGGAAAGGGAAGCUUUUCUGGAUAUAGAUGACAACAUACAUCGAGAAGCUGAUAGGGCGCGAUACAUCGAGAAGCUGAAGGGAGCCCGUGAUGCCUAUCUAGAAGCGGCGACCCAGCUUGGAGACUUGGCCUGGGCUUAUGAGUCUGGGAAUAUUGCGACGCUCCACAACUUCUCCCCGAUGACGUUGGUGCAACUUGUAGCGGGUGUUUCCCCACCUUCGUUUAGGGAGCUGCUCGAAAAUGGAGUAGCCGGACGUGAUGAUGUAUCAAAUGAGUACAAGGAUUAUGCGAUCAUACCUCUACUUGUUUGUUGUUGUUCCAAUAAGAACGCUUGCGCGUGCUAUGAUAAAUGUGAAGUGGGCGAAGAUCAUAAAGUAACCCCUCAAACAAGGAGGAAGCAACGAUGAGUCGGUGCCGAAGGGCGCAGGCGGCAGAAAAUUUAAUUGCCUUACGUUAACAAAAACAUAACAAAAAGACUGAGCAUUUGCUACUUCUGCACGGAACACAAAGAUGAAACCGGAAGAACAGAAACCAGGCACUCCUUUCCUCUAGAUCUAUUGCCGUAAAGGCAAUUCAUAAAAAUGCCCAAAUGUAAGUUAUAUAGGUCAGCGGGUCCUGAUGGUGGCAUAAUCCUUUUAUUUGCAGUGGAUACAAUGACGACGAGGGAUACAAUGACGACGAGGUUUUGUACAAGAAUCGAUUUGGAAUCGGGCGUCUCGAGAUGGAUGAAAAAUUGGAGCCGGUUGACAAAGGCCAAUGUCUCGUGUCAAUUCAUGGGCGAAGGGCGCCGGCGCCGGAAAAGUUCAAACCCCGCAGACGGUGUCUCUCGGACCUGAUGAAUUUAGACACGAAUGAUCGCGCGAAGGCAGAGCUCAACCCUCGUUCUCGUGAAGGGCUGGCUUUGGAUCCUCGAGACGACCGCGAAGGGCGUAUCCCUGACUUGAAAGCCAUGUCAAACAACAACUGGACCAGGGGCCAGUCGAGGCUUCAGGGGCAAAGAGAAAGCGCCUCGGUCGAGGCCGUUAUGCGCGACGCGUUGGGUAUGGAUAUUCCCGUGAAAGUGCAGAAAGUGAAGGUUGAUAGUUCGUCAGGAAAGCCUGAACUUGAGAUCGUCCUGGACCUGCCGUUGCCGGACACCGCGCGACAGGAACUUGCAUCGCUCAACUCAAAACAGAUGCAGACUUGGGAAGAAAGCCGUGCGCGCAGUUUGAUAGACAAUCUGUUCAAAACCAAGAUCCGAUAUACUAGAGGAAUGAGUUGGACCACGACGGAGUGGGAGAGGGCAAAAGAGGAGUACACAAAACGUGUCCUGUGCACGCUGGAUGGAGGGAAACCGCAGCGCGGGUCUAGCAACGCCAUCCAACGGAUGAGGUUGCAGAGGGGGCAGAAGUGGAAGUGGGAUGGCGGGGAGGAGUGGAAGCAGAAGGGUGGAAAGGCUGGAGUUAUCACUUUUGAAAAGCCCAUGGGGUCGCUUAUCGAAUAUCAUGAAGACUUGUAUCUACCGUACGCUUACACUAGAACGGAGCACCUCGAAGGAGCAACCCCACAGCAAAUUAAGGAUUUCCCGCUUGUGCAGGUGGCGGUCCUUAUGCAACACAACGAAAGUACACCCGCCCAUUCCAAAUGCAGUGUGUGUCAUGUUUCGACGAGUAAUCAAAUAGUGCUGAUGCAUCUUUGUGAAUCUGGAAACGAAACCAACGCGACCUCCAGCUACAUAAUGAAUAGAUACGUCUAUUAGUUUUUUCUGCGAAGUUGACGAGGCAUGGAAAGUUGCUGUAUUUACGCAUAGCGAAGGGGGUUUUGAGUACUUGUUGACUCGGGACCUUUGAUUUUGCGUUGUGAAGUGACAGCGAGUUAUAUGUAAUGCGGAUCAUGCUAAACGUACGCGAUGGUAAUAAUGUAUUCAUGCAAUUGAGUCGACUGGGGGUGCUUUUGUUGCGUAUGGUUUUGUGGUACGAUGAAGCUUACGAGAUUGAUGACGCAUUCGCUCCCAACUCGAUUUGCUUGUAUUUCUUUUUUGAUACAAAUUUUAAUGUACUAUACUUUCGCCGCUACCCCCAAAUGCGUCAUGUAAGACGUAGCCCGUGGUGCUCUUGCUCGUUAUCGACUCGUUCAUGUGGAAGAUUUACAGGGCGACAUCGGACGUUGCGAAUAAACGCACUUUCUUGACGUCGACGAACUCUGUCUCGCGAACACGGCAACCGCUGAGCCCGCAUAUUCUAUGCAAGUGACGUUUUUUCGGGGGCGGAGGCAUUAAGAAGAACAUAUGAGUUUGAAUUUCAUCUGCUAGCUAUUUGAUGAGGAAGGUGUUUCCCAUGCAGUGUCGCGGAAACAUCACAAACUAUUAUAAAGAACCCGUCGUGGUCUCGAGUUGGGGCAGUUUGCUAUUUGAUACGGGACGGAAAAAGUUCGCUGUUUUGCAGGUUGGAGUCUAUAGCGCGAUUGACAAGCGAAUUGCGUCGACGGACCUGUCUCGGGAAUUGGUAAUUAUCAUGGAGGAAUUAAGAAGGGAGAAUGUAAGAAUGAAGAACUACAGCGACGCCAUGAGACUACACUAUCGUACGGAAAGCUGUACCCGCAUUUUCACACUUCUUGGCAUGCAUUUUUAUAUGUGGUUCCAACCAAAGUAGGACUUCUUCGAUGUGAAGGAGGUGCAGGGCUGCGCUCCGUACCUUCGCACUUUUAGGCAGCUGCGCUGUGCUACUGCUACAUGUACAUGCCGUCAUUUUAUCCGGUCACCGCAAGGAAACCGCUUUGACGCCCGCUGUUGGGGGUACAGCACUUUUUGGUAGGAUAGACAGCUCGGCGAAUUGCGUGUGCUCGAGGCAAUCGUGGGGCGGCAUCCAGACCGGGUUCCCUCGUACAUUGACCCCAAGCAUCUUUUUGGGAGAACGAUCCGCGGCAUUCUAGACGAGGCGUCGGCGCUGCAGCCCUAGUCGUCCGUUCCUGAUUUCUAAGUGUACGCUUCGACAAUGGAGAAAGCUGCUGAGGGGGCGAGCUUGCUGCAGCUGCGGUGUAAAGCGAGUGUCUAUCUGUAAGACGCUGCUUCAUAAUUUGUACGUCCCUAUGGAAACCUUUAUUUCUUGAAAUUGCAAAAAUGAAAAUCAUAAUCAUAAUUCAGAUUCACUUAUUCAAUGUUGAGGAACGCGAUUUUACGGAAAAGUCGCGAGAAUGAAUAGCCAGGGUAAGUUGAAGGAUCAAGUGACGGUGUUGCAGUCGUACACGAAGCGUACAAAUAGUAAUACAAGCAUCUGCUCCUCACUUUAUAAUUCAUAGUGCGUGGAUCAGUAUUCAGAGGUCAACAUGUCGGACCUCACUGCUGGUUUUGCUUUUCGUGGUGUAGGAUCAAUCCAUGCAGCGGAACGAUGAAUCCAAGGUAUGCCAAAAAGAGAGCCAGACACGAUAAAGGAGUCAUCUUCUGUAAGUGACUGCCCGCUCAUGCUUGACCCGCAGUAUUUGCAAUGUACAUGUAGUAUUUAUUUCUCUGCCAUAAAAACCCUAAAAAACCCAUGAGAGCCUUCAAAAGUUAAAAUCUUUUAAAACCGCUAGGCGUAGCUUUACGCACUUAAUCAGCGCGCCUACGCAGCUCAUUUUUAUUUUAACCAGUCCUAGUUCGGCGAGAAGAAAGCAGGGCUUUCACUCGGAAGAACGACGACUGCCCGUUUUCUACAAACAAACAAAUGACUUCUGGUCUUUGUGCAGUUCCCAGCUUAGUGGAUGAGCUCUAUUAUCGAUCUAAAGUUGUCGCUUUUCUACUUGCCCGAGGCGUUCGGUCCGCAAGUGAAAACCGAAAGAAUUAUGGUAAAGGCGAAAUCUAGUAAUGGAGCACAAGCGAAUUACCCGUAUCCGUACUGCGGCCGGUAUAAGUCUUCCCCGAACUAUCUCCAGGGGAGAUGAUGGAGACGCCGACAUAACAGAUACGGUUUGUCAACCAUUCCGGAUUGCCGAGUGAAGAAUGUUACCAUCGUCAAGGAAAAAAUCCACAACUCUCAGAAUUUACACUGAAGGAAAGCAAAGGAUUUCCGAAUGAAAGCAGUACAUGAGGAGAACGAAACCCCACGACGAUUUUUUUCAGCACGAAGCAGACAAUGAUGAUGAUCAUCUUGAUCUUCGAGUAAGAGAAGCGGCUCGAGUCUCUUGUCGUGCAAAACAGAAGAGCCACAACAUCUUAUGUCUCAAGUCCCCGUGUACAAUUUUUACUUACAAACACCCUUCGCAGGGGUCUCAGGUCACAACCAGAAAUUUUGUAUACUAUCGCUCCCGGUAUUAACCAGGCAGUGGCAUCCGCUAGAGUGCAGGAUGCACGAUGUGAAGAGCAGUCAGCUCGCAGCUGAAGCUAUUUCGUAUCGAAAGACCGCGGUAUGAUGAAUCAACAAGACACCCGAACAUGCGAAAAACGCACUGAUGCUCCCAUCAGGAACAAGGAAUAGAGAU